AUGUACGCUCUCCGGAUCAUUGGCCGAACAACCCCUCUCUUGCGGACGCCGCGGUACCCGCUCCGCCCGCUCGUGGCCCUGGUUCGCUGCCAGCUGACCCAGGCGCCCCACAAACCGCUGAAAACCCCGGAGGCCGCCGCCACCGCCAAAGCCACCCUGGAACCCUCAAAAGACGAUAAACCCGCCGUCGCCGCUACCCUGAAGGAAGUGCUGCAUCCUGAGGAGACGCUGGUGGCCAAAACCGAAGACAAGGCGCCGAAAAAGCCGUUGUGGGACCGGAUUAAGGUCGAGGCCCAGCACUACUGGGACGGGACCAAGUUGUUGGGGUACGAGAUCCGGGUGCUGACCAAGUUGUUGAUGAAGUACGUUGCCGGCUACGCCUUGACGCGGAGAGAGCUGAACCAGUUGCAGAGAACGCUUGUCGACGUGCUGAAGUUGUUGCCGUUCGCCAUGUUCGUCCUCAUCCCCUUUGCCGAGCUCUUGUUGCCGGUGGCGCUCAAAGUGUUCCCCAACUUGUUGCCGCUGACGUACGAGCUGAAGCUGGACCGCCUAAAGAAGCGCAACAAGCUCUCGAAGACCCGGGCCCUGGCGCUGGAGUACAUCAAGAACACGUUAGAGGAGGGGGGGCUUACAUUGCUGAAAAAGAUUACCGACAAGGAGAAGGAAGCGUUCGUGCUGUUCUUCGACGAGAUCUCAGCCGGUAAGAACCCCAGCCGCGACCAUUUGGUGCAAGUGGCGCGUCUCUUCAAAAAUGACCAGGUAUUGGACAACUUGAGCCGCAACCAGUUGGUGGCGAUGUGCAAGUACAUGCAGAUCCGGCCGUUUGGCUCGGACGCGAUCUUGCGCUACCAGAUCCGCCACCGGUUGCUUAACAUCAUCAAGGACGAUAAGGCGAUCGACUACGAAGGCGUCGAGCUGUUGCUGAUCCCCGAGUUGCAGAUUGCGUGCUCGCAGCGGGGGAUCAAGACCGUCGACGUGAGCCCGGCACGGUUAAGAGAAGACCUCGAGACGUGGCUCAACUUGCGUCUUCGCCAGAAGAUCCCACUGACGCUCUUGAUCCUCCUGAACUCGUACGCCUACGGCGACAAGCUGCACCUGAUCGACACCUACUACGACGCGUUGUUGGCGGUGUUGCUGUCGAUCCCCGACGAGGUCUACAACGUCGCCAAGGCGCAAUUGCUGGACGACUCCAAGCUCAAGCUCAACAUCUUGAAGGAGCAGGACGAGUUGAUCAACGAGGAAAACGAGAGAGAAAAGGGCACCAUCAACGCCGUCAAGGACGACAUCAAGCUCGACGAGUACGAAGAAACCGCCACCGACGGCCUCAAUGUCGUCCCCGACGAGGACCCCGACGUGGUUACGCUGAAGGCGGUCGAGGCCCCCGUGCAGAAGUAG